CCGGCUCUUCGGCCGGAGAUCCGAUUGAAGCAUGGGUACGUAUCUUAUCAGUCAGGUUCCCGCGGAGGAAGAUACCAGCCGUUAUCGGCCCCACAUCGGAACGGAUCUCGGACCCCAUCGGAGGCCAGUUCUGUUACCGAAACCCUCGUAGGAUUGGCAUAUUCAUCAAACAGUCUGGAGCCUGUAGCCCUCGUUGAAUUACACGAAAGGUAUUCACGCAUUGAGGUUGCUUCCACCAUGGGCAAUACCAUUUCAUACCAAGAAACGCCGGUCGAGCUCGAACUGGGUGACCGAGGCACAAUCCGCGGCCUCCAGCUCGACGACAAGUCCCGACGCUACACCGGGGUUCCUUACGCCCUGCCGCCGACUGGCGAACACCGGUGGCGCAAACCUCGGCCGUUGCCCACGUCAUACUCCUACACCGAUGGUAAUGGAGGUGCCUAUGACGCGACAAAGUUCAAAUCCGUGUGCCCUCAGAAGGCCUUCCACGUGGUCAAGCCAGAUGGCGGAGGAAAUACGUACAGCGAAGACUGCUUAUUCGUCAACAUUUGGACCCCCGUGCCAAAAGAGGGCGAGGCAAACAAGAAAUGGCCGGUACAGCUCUGGAUCCAUGGCGGCUGGUUCCAGAUGGGCGAUCCAUCCCAAGAGCCGGGGAUGGACGCGACGGAGCUGAUUACUACGGGCGGGCUCAACGCCGUUGUCGUAGCGAUCGGAUACCGCCUCAACGUGUUUGGGUUUCUCGCGGGUAACGAUCUCCUGCAGGAAAGCAACGGCGAAGCAGGAGGAAAUUUUGGUCUAUGGGAUCAACGCGUGGCGGCAGAAUGGGUAAAGGACAACAUUGCUUAUUUCGGAGGAGACCCGGGGAACCUGACGCUCGCCGGCCGCAGUGCUGGGGCGUACAGCGCCGAAGCACAGAUGCUCUACGACUUUCGGAAAGCCGGUAGCAGCUCUUCGCUGUAUCGUCGCAUUUUCAUGGACUCGAACGCGAUUCCAGCGCAGCCAAAGUCUCUCGCCGAUGUCCAAGGCCAAUUUGAGGAGCUCUGCGAAUAUUUCAAGAUCGACGUUGCUAUUUCUGGAGGCGAAAAGCUCUCGAUUCUUCGGGGGAAGACGGUUGAGGAGCUAGUGGAGGCGAUCCCUAAGUUGAAUAAUCACACAUUCCGACCCGUUACAGAUGAUGUCUUCAUACACUCGGGUAUGAUUGAGUACCUCCAAAGCAAGGGGUUCGCAGACGAGUUCAAACGAAGAGGGUACAAGUUACUCAUCGGCGAGGUCCGCAAUGAAGAGACUCUCUACUCCUCCUACAAUUCGCCUACAGAGCCCACGCUGGAAGCUCUGCGCUUGCAAGUCUCAAACUACUAUGCUCCAGACGUCACAGACCGUGCUAUUCAACAGUAUACCUUGCCAGAAACAAACAAAUUGCAAGACUGGAAAACCGCCUUUGGAUCAAUCGUUUCGGACGGCCAAGUGCGCGCGCCAUCCAGGGCGCUGGCGAAAACGCUGGUUGACAACGGCGUUAACAUUCGAGACGUGUGGCGGUACCAAAUCGCCUACAGGCUGUCCUUCAUUGACGAAAAGGUAGCGCCGGCAUCGUUCGGGGUGGCGCAUGCCAUGGAUAGGCCGAUCUGGAACUUUUCAAUCACUCAUGGACCUACCGCGGCCGAAAGAAAGCUGAUGGAAGACUGGAUCCAAAUCUUGGUCAAUUUCGUGAACGAUACUGUGGACUACGAGUUUGGGACAAAGAGCGUUGACCAGAUGAAGGUCUUGACUCCGGAGGGAACGAUCGAAGUUCGACCUGAUGAGCGAUGGAAUGAGCUGGUGGAGUUAGGGGAUAUUUUUGCUGGCAAGUGA